AUGGAUCCAAUAAAAAAACUGUCAGAUGACGAACAAUACUUCCUCGUGAUCGACCUUCAAAACAUCUUUUACGCGCAAUUGAGCAGUUACAAACUAACAGUUGACUACCCGUUCACCGUUGAACAUUUCGAUGGCGUCAUUUCUCACAGAGAUACAUUCUACCGAGACCUCCCCAACAGCCGAUCUUACAUUUUACCAUAUUUCGAAAAUAAAUUUAUAACAUCAACAUGUGCAAUAUGUCUCGAUACUUUCGUAAAAGGAGCAUAUGUACACAAAUUGCAUUGUGGUCACCCAUAUCAUGAAAGGUGUAUACAAAAAUGGAAGAAACAGAGAACCACCUGUCCAACAUGCCGA